AAAUGGGGGUAAAACGUUUACUGCCAAACCCAAAACAAGUGUCGGGGUUUUCUACCGGCCAUGUACAAUCAACUGGAGUAUAUUGUGAUUACAAUUUAGCGGCGUCUAGUCAGAAAUCCCGUGUAGGAUGUUGGUUUCAGGGGUUUUGGAAUACAAGGUAUAAUGUUUGUACCUUUCUUUAUAAUAGUGGUGAAAUCCACGGAAUAUUCCACAUUGGAACAGCUGACGAUAAUGCCGCACCGAAAAUAUGAACGAGAUAUGAAGAAUUACAAGGAGAAAUAUAAUUAAAUCAAAUGCUUGCUAAUUGACAAAUCAGGCCCACUUCAUUUUAUUCCACAGAUAACGAUCCUGUGCAAGGACUUCUAUCGGUAAAGACAGAGGUUAGACGCCACAAGUGCCUCCAGCACCCCUGCUCUCCUUUUCGUCGGUCCCCACGACGUCACCAAUGCGACCAUGGGAAAUAGCAGUGACUAGGCGGCCACCGACAGCCCCCUUGAACCAGAGGAGGUUCCUAGGAGAGCCCUGCAACACCCCAGUGCACCUCAGGAGAAGCCCAUCAGUGACACGACAGUGGGGGAUUCGAGACCGACCGGUCGUACUGCACGACUCCUCGCUCCAGGAUGAGAACUUCCACCACCCUCUCUUCUCCCAGCAACAUCAGCAGGUUCUUUUAGAUGAGGCCAGACAGUACAGCCACGCCAGUACCCCGCCCCGCAUGCUCCACCCUGCCGCACACCCACCUCGGCAUCAACAGACCCCCAUCAUGGUGGAGCUACACGACCAGAUGCACCAGGAAUCCGUUCCGAUCUCUUACACUGUUACCACGGUGACGACGCACGGUUUCCCCAUCCACACCGGGCAACCUCUCCCAGGGUGCAACAGUCAGCAGCUCCCAGCAUGCUCGGUAAUGUUCAGCGGACAGCUCUCUCUGCUCUGCUGCCUUCCUCCUCCUCUCAUCCAAGCCUGUACAAUGCAGCAUUUGCCAGUGUCUUACCAAGCUUUCCCACCCCUGAUCUCCAGCGAACAUUUUAUAUUGCACCCCAACCCCCCGGGGCCCCCACCCCACCAGCCUCCUCACCUUACUCCUCUCAGCCAGUUCCUCCCUCUCCAGAGGCAGCACCCACGCAUGCCUCUCCAUAGGGUAGAGAAUGAAGUGGAUCUCAGGGGGGACCAGCAUCCAUUAGGAACGUUCUCUUACCCUGCCUCGAGUCACCACCACCCAUCAGCGCUGCCUCCCUCUGUCCCCCUCCAGUACCUCCCUCAGGAGCCUCUGCACCAGGAGAUGCCCUCCUUCUCAGUGCCAUACCCCCACAUGCUGCCGCGACGUGUCAGUGGUCACAGGUACCGGUUACAGCAGCCCCUGCCCCCACCGCCGCCACCCUACUACCCAGGCUUCCUGCCCUACUUCCUGUCGAUGCUUCCUGUGCCUCCCACAGCAGUGGGACCAGCCAUCAGUCUGGACCUGGAUGGAGAUGACGUGGAGAUGGAGAACUACGAGGCAUUACUGAACCUGGCUGAAAGGCUGGGAGAGGCUAAACCACGAGGAAUCACCAAGGCAGACAUCGAGCAGCUCCCAUCCUACAGGUUCAACCUCGACAACCAUCAAUCUGAACAAACGCUGUGUGUUGUGUGCUUUAGUGACUUCGAGUGUCGGCAGCUGCUGAGGGUAUUACCCUGCAACCACGAGUUCCACGCCAAGUGUGUCGACAAAUGGUUAAAGACUAAUCGCACUUGUCCAAUUUGCCGGGCGGACGCAUCAGAGGUGCACCGCGAGGUGGAGUGACUGAUACCCAGGCUUUGAGAUCUUUGAUUGGAAAGCAGCACAAAACUAAACCCACCGGAGCCUGUCUGUCUUAGCGCCUGCCUCGGCCUCAACCUGCCCGGGGCCUUCUGCCACCUACCCUGCCUGCUUCCUGCGGCCUCCUGCCUGCUUCCUGCGGCCUCCUGCCAACACUCCUGCGGCCUCCUGCCUGCUUCCUGCGGCCCCCACCACUACCUACCCUGCCUGCUUCCUGCGGCCUCCUGCCUGCUUCCUGCGGCCCCCACCACUACCUACCCCUGCCUGCUUCCUGCGGCCUCCUGCCUGCGUCCCCCCACCACUACCUACCCUGCCUGCGGCCUCCUGCCUGCUUCCUGCGGCCCCCCCACCACUACCUACCCUGCCUGCUUCCUGCGGCCUCCUGCCUGCUUUCUGCGGCCUCCUGCCAGCUUCCUGCGGCCCCCACCACCACCUACCCUGCCUGCGGCCUCCUGCCACCACUCCUGCCUGCGUCCCCCCACCACCACCACCACCAACCCUGCCUGCGUCCCCCACCACCACCUACCCUGCCUGCGUCCCCCCCCUACCACCACUCCUGCCCCACUUCAACAACAAUAAGCAAUCUAAGAUUGUAUGUUUGGAGCUCCUUCCCCCCGGUCGUUCCUCUGCUGUGUCUGAUGAAAAGCUCCUGCCUACCAUAGCCUCAUAGCCACAGAGUUGUCCAGUCAGUCUGCCUGCCUGGGAUAGCCAUUGAACCACCACCGCGAUCUGCUCCUCUGCCUGCCCCAGUGUUGCAGAUUCCAAAGAUGUGACCUACUAUAUGUUGUUAUCGUCGUCGGGCUUUUACAUUUACAAGGUUUUUCCUUUUUCGUUACCUUGUGGUUUUUGGUUAGUUCUUUGUGACAGAUGGGCGUUGGAGCUGCCUGCAUGGGAGAUGGUGAUGACAAGAGGUGUGGGGUGAGGGCCUGGUGGAGCGGAGAGGAGUCACACAUCGUUCGAUCAGCAGACCAGUAAUGGGAAUGCCUCAACACGGUUAAAACUGUAGACCAUUCCACUGGUUGACUGACUGUCAUAGUACUGUAGGAGACUAGACCAUUCCACUGGCUGACUGACUGUCAUAGUACUGUAGGAGACGAGACCAUUCUACUGGCUGACUGACCGUCAUAGUACUGUAGGAGACGAGACCAUUCCACUGGUUGACUGACUGUCAUAGUACUGUAGGAGACGAGACCAUUCCACUGGUUGACUGACUGUCAUAGUACUGUAGGAGACGAGACCAUUCUACUGGCUGACUGACCGUCAUAGUACUGUAGGAGACUAGACCAUUCUACUGGCUGACUGACUGUCAUAGUACUGUAGGAGACGAGACCAUUCUACUGGCUGACUGACUGUCAUAGUACUGUAGGAGACGAGACCAUUCCACUGGUUGACUGACUGUCAUAGUACUGUAGGAGACUAGACCAUUCUACUGGCUGACUGACCGUCAUAGUACUGUAGGAGACAAGACCAUUCCACUGGCUGACUGACCGUCAUAGUACUGUAGGAGACAAGACCGUUCCACUGGCUGACUGACCGUCAUAGUACUGUAGGAGACAAGACCGUUCCACUGGCUGACUGACCGUCAUAGUACUGUAGGAGACAAGACCGUUCCACUGGCUGACUGACCGUUAUAGUACUGCAGGAGACGAGACCAUUCCACUGGCUGACUGACCGUCACAGUACUGUAGGAGACAAGACCAUUCCACUGGCUGACUGACCGUCAUAGUACUGUAGGAGACAAGACCGUUCCACUGGCUGACUGACCGUUAUAGUACUGCAGGAGACGAGACCAUUCCACUGGCUGACUGACCGUCACAGUACUGUAGGAGACAAGACCAUUCCACUGGCUGACUGACCGUCAUAGUACUGUAGGAGACAAGACCGUUCCACUGGCUGACUGACCGUCAUAGUACUGUAGGAGACAAGACCGUUCCACUGGCUGACUUACCGUCAUAGUACUGCAGGAGACGAGACCAUUCCACUGGCUUGGAGGAGACAAGACCAUUCCACUGGCUGACUGACCGUUAUAGUACUGUAGGAGACGAGACCAUUCCACUGGCUUGGAGGAGACGCCUGGCUGACUGACCGUUAUAGUACUGUAGGAGACGAGACCAUUCCACUGGCUUGGAGGAGACGCCUGGCUGACUGACCGUCAUAGAUGCAUGUUUGUGUAGGUGACUGAUGGGCAAAGUGACCUGUUAAUAAUAUAUGUUCUGCAAUAAUGUAUUGAUGAUUUCAAUAGUUUGUUCCCUUUUGUUUGUGUUCUUUAUCAAUCUGCUAAUGCUAUUGUGAAAGUGUGACUUGCUGUGGUUAAAAUUAGCCUCAUCUGGCACUGAGAAUGAUUGUCUACCACUGACUUGUUGGGGAUAUAUCCAUUCCCCCCCCACUGUGAUACUCAACUGACUGGACGGAGGGAGGAGGAGUUUAUGCUGUGGAUUUUCCCUUUUAGUUCUGGUGAAGGUCCUCAGAUCGGCCCCCCAGAGAGAGGAGAGGAGGGGACACUGCCUGUCUGUGAAGUCAUAUGCCCUUUCUGCAAAUUAACCACAUCCAUCCUCCUCUCCGGCCUUGGCCCUGUGCGAGUUGCCCGGCUGGAUCUCAGGCAGCGCUGAGGGGUUUGCAUAGACUGUUGAUUCAGACUAGCAAUAUUUUAAUCCAACGUCGCCAUUUUAAAAGGAAAACAACAACAAGCAAACAUAAACAAGGAAUUCUGGCUCACCCAAGAGAGGGGGACCCCGGGAGAGGGGGCUUCACUACCCCAGUAUCACCCACGCUGACUGACUGCUGCUGGGGAGCUUGAUGCAUUAAACAGUAUGAGUGAUGGGUUUUAAUGUGGACAUUUCUUCCUUCCUGUUUUUGGAAGAUCCAGGCAUUUGUUUGUGAGCCAAAUAUUCAAUAUAAUAUAUAUAUAAAUAUAUAUACUCUUUCAAGAUUUCAGAUCUGCCUUCAAUACCUUGACAAGCACAAACUCUAUUUACUUUAUUAAUCUUAAAAAAAAAAAAAAAAAUUCCUUUGUCAUUUCCACUUGUUUUUAAGAGUAUAAUUUUUAAAUAGUAUUAUUUAUUGGUUUUUAGCUAUCUUAGAGACAACGUGUUAAAGGACAAGGUCAGAGCACUAACGUGGGAGUGUGUGGUUAAAUGGUGUGUGUUCUAAUCUCAAGGCAACUUAACUUGGGUCAGGUCUUGUUGUUAGGCCGUGCUAACUAAUGGUGUUGUAAAAGAUUCAUGUUGUAUGCUGCAUAGCGUCAGUGUGAAAGCUUCUCGAUAAUCGUCUUGUUUUGAAGACAAAAUAAUGUUAUAACUCCCUGUUGUAAAACAUCUCUAGUGACCUGACAAGACAGACGCUCUGGCUUUGUCCCAGCUGAGCUGACUGCACUAUUUACAGUGAUGAUCAGGACAGGAAGGGGUUGGAGACAAAGAUGGAGGGAGGAGUGGUGUUUGGUAGAGUGAUACACUGUUAAAACAUCCCAAAUGGUACCCUAAGUAGUGCACUACUUUUGACCAGGGCCCAUAGGGGCUAGUGCACUAUAUUGGGUCUCUGUGCUCAUCUUUGACUUCCAAAACAGAAUGUUGUUGAGGUGUUAAAAAAAAAAAAAAAAAACAGUUAGUCCGGGUGUCUUUUGUAAGUGUUGUGUGUGAAUAGGGGGACUCCUUUCUAUUCCCAACUACCCCAAUAAGCACUGCGAGGCGGAUGUACCUUUUCGGAUGGACAUUUUGCUGUCUUGUGUAAAAGGACCUUGCCAUGUUUUCUAUAGCGAAUGUGAGUCUCUUUGUGACAUGUGUUACCUACCACCUUUUAAAAGAAGAGAAGAGAAAAAAAAAGCCAUCUUGAUGAGUUUAAAGUAAAAACCCACAGCUUUGAGAGUUAAUCUGUGUACAUAUCUGUCCACUAGCAUAUAAAUAUUGUGAGUUUGAAACAAACAAAAAAAAAACAAUCACUCAGGGCCUCUCAGUAUAUAAGGAAAACAGUCUGUUCUAAUUUGACAGAUGCCAUGAAAAGGUUGGUGGUGGAUAUGAAUUUUCUUGGUUGUUUUCCUCAGGCCUCGCAUAUUUUUAAUGUAAUCAAUUAUAAUAAUAAUAAUGUUGUUUUUUUUUGCCAGAGUAGUGGAUAUUACAUCAUAUAAAUGACAAAUUUAGUUUGUGUUCUUGAACAACCACACGACAUGCAUAUUUACAUAACGGUUGUGAUCCCAUUUUAAAACGUGCCAUUGAUGCACACUAUCCUACCUAAAACUACAAAGGUGUUUGCAUGAUUUUAAAAAAAAUACAAAUAAUACUAAAAAAUAAAAACCAAUUGUGUAUUUCCAGUGAAAGAUAUCUAGCCAUGGGGGACGGCGGACUAUUUAACGGUGCACAACAUGCAUGUCCUACCAAGUCCCAACUGGUUUUUAGCUCUAGUCGGCUUCGGGUUCGUUCUUCAGAUGGCGUUCCGUCACUGCUCAGCUGAUAACUGCCAUGCGUUGUACUGCACACGUUUGUAACCCAACUGAAUGACUACAAGAUUUUAUUGCGCUUUAUAAAAUACAUUUUAAAAAGUUGCCUGGACUUGGAACUGGGGAGAAAUCCAGGAUUUUAAAAGUUAUAAUAUGUAUGUAUUAUAAUAUGUAUGCUAUGUUGUUAUUGCCUCAGAUAAUAAAACAUGUCUAGAAACUAGUUGAAAGCCAUAGUGAACAACCAAUAGAUCUGCUUUAGGUAUGAUGCUGUUUUGACAUGACGAUCUGAUCGGAUGGAUUCUUAAAGCAAUGUUGCUAAUAUGCCAAUAGCCUUUAAAAUAGUGACGUUACAUUUUAAAGAAGACUUUGUUAGUCAAACUAAUAACCUAACUCUCAAUGUAGAUUUGACAUCCGAGACACCAGCGGGAGAGAACUAGCUCGUAAUUAUGUCUGGAACGGAAUCGAUCACAUGGUUACGUUGUCUGAUUCCGCUCCAGCCAUUACAACAAGCCCGUCCUCCCUAAUUAAGGUGCCACCAACCUCCUGUGCUAGAUACCUUUUAUUCACUUAUUGAAACAGUAGCACCAUGGUGGGGGGUGUGUGGUGGGGGGCAGGUUUAAAUGACUAUAUUGUGUUUUCAUUUUUUUUCUUCCGUCCCAAAUACCAGAAAACCUCAUGUCAAGUAACUUCAAAACAUACAAUUUUAAAUAGAAUCUUGUAGUCUUUCUGUGAUCCAAUUGAUGAAUCAUCUCACAGUGCGUGUGGUGCAAAAAAAAAAAAAAGGAAAUAUAAAAAUGUUUUGAAUAAAAUGCUGUUCCAAUAAUAAAAACAGCUAAAAUAAUUUAUUUAGGAUUUGAUUUAUUUUAUUUGCGUCGUAGAUUCACUGUUUUCCAAUGAUGUGUUGCUGGUGGUGGGAAUAGUGGUCUGUUUAUUGAUUCCUCCAGCUUCUAGGGGGGCUCCCACCCAACAGGCCAGGGGCAUUUGAAAUAGAUGUUCGCUUUGGUACUUGCACAUUUUACAGUUACCUCAUGUUUGGAUUUAAAAAAAUAAAUAAAAUGCUUAUAUAUAUAUAUAUAAAUAUAUAGGGAAAAUGUUCUGAAUGCUAUAAUUUUUUCAUUCCAUUGGAAUCAUUGUUUGUAGGACUUAACUAGUUAUAGUCUAUAUAUACACACACACACCUGUAUACUGAUUGACAUUUUUCAGAUUUGUACUUUUUUAAAAUGAAAAAGUUGCUAGUUCUGCUUUACCGAGUCGUGCGAUCAUAUUUUUUUUUUAAUAGUUGUGGCUGAUUUUUGAGAGUAGUUCACUAAUAAAUGUAUACCAAUAUUA